AUGGCGUUCGGCGAUCCCGAAGCGGUGCGGGUGACGGGGGUGGUACGGCUGACCGAGGACGAGUCGCACUUAUUCAGCACUCUGAGGGACAUCGUGUCGCACUAUGGGCUGGGCACUCAGCUGCGCGUGGCGGGUGGAUGGGUGCGCGACAAGCUGAUAGGGCGCGAUUGCAUAGACAUUGACAUUGCUCUCGACAACCUGCUGGGGAGGGAAUUCGCAGAGAAGGUCACGGAAUAUCUCAAGGAGCAAGGGGAGGUCGUGCGGGGCGUGGGGGUCAUUCAGACGAACCCCGACCAGUCAAAGCACCUGGAGACAGCAACCAUGAUGAUUCACGGCAUGUGGAUCGACUUUGUGAAUCUGAGGGCGGAGGAGUACGCACACGACUCCAGAAUCCCACACACCAUUGAGUUUGGAACAGCAGAGGAGGACGCGUUGAGGAGGGACCUUACAAUCAACAGCAUGUUCUAUAACAUCAGCACGGAGCAAGUGGAGGAUCCAACAGGGCGAGGGAUAUCCGACCUGAAUGGGGGCAUCAUCCGCACGCCUCUCCCGCCCCACCAGACCUUCCUUGACGACCCUCUCCGGGUGCUUCGGGCUGUCAGGUUCGCUGCCCGAUUCGGCUUCUCAUUGGAUGAGGAGCUGCGGGCAGCUGCUGCUUCGGAGGAGGUUCGGACAGCACUGGGAAACAAAGUCAGCAAGGAGAGGAUCGGAAAAGAGGUAGAGCUGAUGCUCAAGUCCCGUGACCCCUACGCCGCUAUCUCCCUGGUGGUGGAUCUCAACCUCUUCCCCACCGUCUUCCCGCUCCCCCACGCGCCCUCACACACUGUCGAUGUGCCGCCUGACGAUGAGCUCCCAGGGCUCUGCGAAGCAUCAUUCGCAGCCACUUGCACGCGCCUGCACCAGUGGGAGCAGCACCUGCCCCAGGCUCUGAUUGAUCACUCGUCGGACCUUAGUGUGGGGCUGCUGCUGGCGGCGCUGCUGAUGCCCCUGAGGCACGCGCACUACUUAGACAAGAAGAAGAAGGAGGUGCCCUUUGCGCAACACAUCGUCCUCGACUCACUCAAGCUCAAACGAGCUUAUGCUGACAUGGUGGUGCUGCUGCAUGCAGCAGCAGAUGACUUUGCUGCCCUGGCGCCCCUGCUCGCCACAGCAGGGGCAGAGGGAGCAGGAGCAGCAGCAGGAGGGGUGGGUGGCACGGCACGAGCUCUCACGCUGAUCUCACCCCCGCAUGAGGAGUUCCGAGGCAACCCGAGAGUGCUGGCAGGCAAGCUCCUCCGCAAGGUGAAGGGCUGCUGGCCGUCCGCUGUGCUGCUGGCCUCCACUCUGCCGGCCAGCGACUUUUAUCUGAAAGUGCUUCAAGCGGUGCAUGCCAUGGGUUUGGAUGGCGUGUGGGACGUGAAGCCCAUACUGAAUGGUCGGGAUGUGGUUGCUGCACUGGAGCUCAAGAAAGGCGACCCACGUACCGGAUACUGGAUGGAUCGAGUGAUGGAGUGGCAAUUAGCUAAUCCAGGUAAUGGAUCAACUGAGGAUUGUACUGCUUGGUUGAAGGUGCAAGCGCAAGUCCUUGAAGCCGAAAAUAAUCGCCGCUAUCGUAAUUUUAAACGCGCGGGGCCCUUGUCUACCCCGCCUUAUCCUCUUUCAGGUCGACCCGAAGCGCCGCCUGCAACCAUGUUGGCCAUCUUCCAGAAAUCGAUAGGCGAGGCGCCGCAGGAGCUGAUGGCGCCGAAGCUGAACCGAUCGGCGUCCAUGUCGGGCCGGCUGGACGCCAAGGAGAUCCUCCACGGCUUCAAGAAAGCGCAUCCUGGAGCCGUGCUUAUGCAGUUUGACGAGCAACACGCUAUCGCGUACACGCACGACAUGCAAGACUUUCUCAUGCCCAGGCAAUUUGCAGCAUGCGACGAUGUCUUCUGCGCGUUCGCCGGCAACAUCGAGAACCUCGCGCAGCUGCGUCAGCGGUACGGGCUGGACCGGCACGUGAGCGAGGUGAAUCUCAUCAUCGAGGCGUACAAGACGCUGCGCGACCGCCGCCCGUACCCGCCCGACCAGGUCAUCGCGGACCUCGCGGGCGCGUUCGCGUUCGUGCUGUACGACAACAAGGCGAAGAAGGUUUUCGUGGCGCAUGACGCGCAAGGCAAGGUGCCCUUGUACUGGGGCAAGUGCUUGGACGACGGAGUGCUCGCCUUUUCGGACGACCCUGCUGUUCUCAAGGCCGGCACUGGCUCCUCCUUCGCCCCCUUCCCUCUCGGUUGCUUCUACUCCUCGGACGGUGGGCUGCGCAGCUUCACGGACCCUGAGAAGCAGCUCAAGGCCAUCCAGCACGUGGACAGCCAGGGGGAGCUGUGUGGCGCCACCUUCAAGGUCGACAGCCAGCAGGAUUUGACCCAGCUGCCCCUAGAAUCCAAGGAGGACAGCGGACGUGGCUGGUCGUAA